CGGUUUCGCCAAAACAUCUUCCCCUCACUGUCACAUCACAAAGUCACAUCCACACCAUCCAGACCUCGGACUUCAGACCUCGGUAGCUUGCGCAGAUGCGGGCCAAGAUCGUGUCAAUGAUGCGGGGGGAAGCCAUGGCAUGCAACCCUAUGAGGCUCUUGGCAGUUGGGGAAGACGAUUGACGACACCCCAUUUCCAAUAAAGGGGACGACAUGCCUUUCACUUUCACUUCAGGUUUGGUUACUGGUGGUGAACUUGUUCUCCUUCUGACUUCCUUCUCUUCAGGCUCUCCGUUUACCUACCCUUGACUCCAAUCAGACACGACCACAACCACCACCAUGCCUUUCCACAACGGCCUCCUCCCCCGCGAGGGCUUCAAGGGCGACACCCUCAUCUCUCUAAUCGGCAAGACCGCCUUCAACGCCAAACUCCUCCUCCCCCUCUUCCUCGCGGCAAAGUACACCAAGCGCGGCCAAGACCUUUCCAUCCUGCACCCGACAGCCUUCAAGCGCCUCAAGACCCUCCUCAUCCUCUCCCUCAUCGGCGUCGCCAACCGCUACCUGAACAGACGCGUCCUCAACAACGGCGUCUCCGAUACCUACGACUGGGCGCGCGAGAUCGUCCUCAUCACCGGCGGCGCCGGUGGCAUCGGCGGGGAGAUGGUCAAACUCUUCGCCGAGAAGGGCGUGCGCGUUGUCGUUCUCGACAUCCAGCCCUUAACCUUUAACGCCGGCCCAAACGUGCACUACUUCAAGUGCGACCUGACCAACCGAGCCAACGUCGCCUCCGUCGCCCAAGAAGUCCGCAAGAAGGUCGGCGACCCGACGGUGCUGAUAAACAACGCGGGCGUAGUCCAGGGCCGCACGGUGCUGGAGACUACGGAAAAAGACCUGCGGUUUACCUUCGACGUCAACCUUUUCGCGCACUACUACACCGCGCAGGAGUUCCUGCCGUACAUGAUCAAGCGCGACCAUGGCAUGGUGGUGACGGUGGCCAGCUUCGCCAGCUGGGUGUGCGUGCCGAACAUGGUGGAUUACGCGGCGUCCAAGGCCGCGGCGCUGUCGUUCCACCAGGGCUUGACGGCAGAAUUGAAGAGUACUUAUAAGGCGCCCAAGGUGCGGACGAUUGUGGUUAACCAGGGAUACACCAAGACGCCGCUGUUUGAGGGGUACCAGAACGAUUCGCCGUUCAUGGUGCCGCCGCUGGAGCCGGCGACGGUGGCGGAGGCGGUGGUCAGGAAGGUGUUGACGGGCGAGAGUGGACAGGUGGUGGUUCCCAAGACGGGUAACAUCAUGAGCGGGCUGGCGGCGUUCCCGCUUUGGUAUCAGACUAGGUUGAGGGCGAAGAAUGUGACGAUUAUGAGCCAGUUUAAGGGGAGGAAGGUGGUGAAGGACUUGGAUACGUUUUAUGAGGGGAGAGAGAAGGGGAUGGAGGGGAAGGAGAGGAUGGGUGGGGACGGGCCGGAGGCUAGUACGGUACUUGUUUAAGGAGGUUGAGCUUCUCGAUACUUUUCUUUGAAGAAGUGAACUAAGUUCAUGAACACAUUUCUUAAGAGCGCUAACUCAAAAGCGUGGCACAUAAUCCAAACAUACCUCCAUUCAAGGUCACAAUGAUAGUGAGUUGCCUUUCCGACUUCCAAAGUCAACAAACAUGGAAUUAUUUCAGAAUUUAAGCAUCACUACUUGAAUCCUUCUGUAUUUACUAUUUAGAGGUAGUCUCAACCAAUAGCGUCAGUCUUCAUUCAUCUGGACAAAACCC